CGCACGCUUCCAUUGCCCGUCUCUCCCUCUGUUUUCCUUCUUCACCCCUGGUUGAAUCUUGCUUGUAGCUCUACUGGCCAGGGAGUACGGGUUUUUCUUUCUUCCAUUCACCAUGAACGUCUCACGGACUGCAAAAUGUCUUUUCUGCAGCUUUUCUCGAGCAGCAUCUACAGGCACUCGCGUUGCUCGACGACAAUUCCAUCCCUCCCCUGCACGGCUCGCCCAUAAAGAAGUAAAACCUCCAGGCGCCGUCGAGGCGAACGCCCCUGCGGGAAAGCGGCUUCACGAAAUCGCGCGCAGUGUCAAACCGGAAGACUUCAAGGCGUAUACGGAGGAAGAGAAGGCUCAGUUGCGGGAAGUGUACUCACCGGAGCAGAUUGCUGCGAUUGAAGCCGGAGAGUCGGCAAUUGACCCAAGGGAUCUGGCGGAACAAUUUGGUAUCCGCAAAGAUCCCAUGAAGUUCAAAUACCUGGAUGACUUCUCGGUCAUUGAGCCUGGGAUUGAUAAGCCCGUUCGCGCCCCUGAAUCUAAUACUGAUUACAAUGCCCGCUUGAAAACGGAGGACGAAUUUGUCGAUGACUUUGCACGGUAUUUCUCGGAACUACCUGAAAACGCUAGCGCCGAGGACUGGAUGCGGUUCGUGGAGUCGUUGCGUGUGACUGUGGGCAAGGAGGAGAAUGAAAUGAACCCUCACAGCUCGCUCAUGCCCGACCUUUUUGGCCCUGGAGAGUCUCUAUCUGGGAAAUUUCAAGAUAAAUCGUUGGCAGGCCAGGAGAAGAAAGGCCCACAGUCUGCGGAAAUGACGGAUGCCUUGAAGAGACUACUUUUGUCUACAGGCUAUACGCUGGAUACGCUCCGCUUCUUGAAAACGAAGGUGCUCGUUUCUCACUCAGUCGUUAACCAGACCCGUCUGGGAAAGGUCCGUCGACAAUACUGCUUGUCGGUUGCGGGUAAUGGGAACGGUCUGCUGGGCAUCGGAGAAGCCAAGUCUGAAGAAAGUGGUGAUGCGAUGGUGCAGUCCAAAUACCGAGCUAUCAGGAAUAUGCAGCCGAUUCCCCGGUACGAGUCUCGUACAAUCUUCGGUGACGUCCGGGGUAAGGUAGGAGCUGUGGAACUGAAAUUGAUGACCGCUCCACCAGGGUACGGUCUUCGCUGCCAACACCUCAUUUUUGAAAUGUGCCGCGCAGCAGGGAUUCACGAUCUAGCUGCUCGGGUGACGCGUUCGAGAAACCCGAUGAACACAGUCAAGGCUGCGUAUGAGGCGCUCAUGAGCCAGAAGAACCCGGAGGAUAUUGCACGGGCACGGGGGAAGAAGCUCGUCGACGUCCGGAGGGUCUACUAUGCGGGAAAAGUCUAGGUGAUUUGGUCGACUGGUUCUAUUGCUAUCUUCCUAGACACGUUGGCUUCGGCUAAUAUACAUGGCACGGCGGGCCUUGAAAAGCAGCUGUACGAGUAUGGAUACGGGUGCUUUUUUUUUUUUGUUUUUCAGUUUGAGUCUGGAUGGUGUAUAUAAUCUUGGUUUUCUUUUUGUCCUUGUACUUGUACUGCAAUAAGCAUAAGAAAUGAGAUAGUCACAGAUCUAUUGGAGUCGAA